AUCUCACUUUAUGAGAGAACAAAAUUUUUAGUCGCUGUAAAGUUUUAAGGAUCCAAUUCUUUGCUCAGGCGAUAUUCAAAUCAGAAUUUUUAGAGUACAGUUUAAAAAUAAAAUAUGGUGCAGUUGGGACGUCCCUGAAACAAUCAAUAUGGCCACUCGUUACUCGGAGGUCCACGACAUAAUUUAGAAGGAGUUGUUUUUAUCGAAAUAAACAAUGCAAAGAACGGUCUUUCAUUCAAAAUAAUUAGCGAGAUAAUUAGUUGGAAGUAAACUAUAGAUACCAGUAUAGGUUGUGUCAUUUUUAAUAGUGAAAUUAAGUCAAAAUCGUAAUAUAAGCGGCAAAUUCUUAGGUUGUGCACUGUCGCUAUAGCUGCAGAAGACGCUUCACGAAGCUAUUUAAUUUCAUUUUUAUCUAAAAUUUUGAUUAUGGUUUUUUCGGAGGUAAGAGGUAAAGCAAGUUAUUCGUGAUGUAGUUUAACUCGUGGACCUUGUCCUCGCGUAGUUUGCAGUGAUCGUUGCUUAUAUUUUACUCAUGUCUGAUAUAAAAGAUAGCGAAAUGAGUAGACCUGAGGGUGCUGAUUGUGCAAAAGAGGAAGAAAUGGCUGCCAAAGAAGUCGAUCAGGACAAAGUCAGCAUUCAGAAGAUUCUUGAGGGGAUGACAAACGAAUUCAACAAAAGUCUAAGCUUACACAAGGCCAUUGAUAUUGACAAGUCACCACAAAAAAAUAACAAAGUUGAACUUCCUCCAAAAGAACAGGAAAAGGUUUUAAAACAUUCCAAGGUCAUUGAAGAAGAUAAAAAACUCGAUAUAAUAUCAGAAGAGUGCACCCCAGUGAUUGAUGCACCAAUAUCAGACACACCCCUAGACAUUCCUGUUGACAUUAUAGCAGACCAGGAAAAUGAGGCUGCCCUGAAACAAAUUUAUCAAAAAAAAGAAAAUCCUAAGGAAUCGAUACCGAGGAUUGUACUAACUUUUAGAACCAUAGAUGAAAACACCGAUAAUGGCAGAAAAACCAAAAUAUCAAGCUGUUCUUCUAAUCUCAAAUUAGUACCAGACGAGUUGACCAAUUGUGAUCAAAUUGGUGGGGUGUCAGUUAAAAUUGAAAAUUCUGACGAGAACUCAAACCCUGAUUAUAAGUCAGAUGAAAAUGAAGAAAAAUUAGAUGAUUCUAAGGUGAAAAAUGUAGUAGAAGAAGAGGAUACUAAGAUUAUGAUAUCAAAAGUUGAAAAUAAUGAAUCUAAUCAUUCUGAAAUUCUUGAGAUAAAUAUAAAAAAACCCAGUGCUCCUGAGCUCAAUGAAAGCAUUCAGGAUACUGUUGAUGUCAAUUCUGGUUCUUUGAAGAGAAGGGUCGGACGCCCAAGACGACUACGAACGAUGAGUUACACAGUAGAAGAAUCACCUGAACCAGCACCAAAGCGCUCAGCGAGACGUUUGUGCAAAGAAUCUUUCAAGAGCACUGUACUCGAGAGUGCAAUGGCUAGAAAAGAGAAAUCUAACUACACAGAGGAAAGAAGAGUUAAGAGUGAUAGGAAAUAUAGUCGGCCAGGAAGACCAAAAAAAAUAGCAAAAUGGGAGGAUGAACCCAAGCAGCCAGUUGCUAAGAUCACCGAUAUACCAAGCGAUAGUUCUCAGAACAUAUCUGAUAUCAAUGGUACCCAAUCAGAUGCAAGUUCAACAUUGGAUACGUUUAAAAAUACAUCACUCUCAGAGAAUAGUUCAAAUGAUGUGGCCCUCGACGAUACGCAGAAUACAUCCAUGGAUUUUGAAGGAAUGCCCAAAUUGAGCCCAGUUUCUAAAGUUCUGGAUGGCAAUCAAACUAAUAGCACUCGGUCUGUACCUGAAAGCCCAACCAAAGAUGAAGAUACUGUCAUCAACACUGAAACUGACAAACCGUUUUUGAAACCAAUCCUUGGUCGAGGAAAACGAGAACGUGGUAGACCUAAGGGAAGUGCCAAUGCCAGGAAAAUAGCAAAAACUGACGGUGCUAAUGAAGAUGGAUCCCCAUCUGUCGCGGAAACUGGAAAAAAUAACGACUAUCCGGAAGACGGUGCCGUUCCUGCAAAAAGAACUCGACGAAGUAUGGUUCCUAGUCCGAGUCCUGCGGAAGGCCAAGCGUCCAAGCCCGAAUCUACAGCCAUCCUUAAUGAAGCACACACUCCAUCUUUACUAUGCCUCUGUCUAGUGCGUUCUCAACUAUACGUAACGGCUACAGGUUCAGGAGCUCCUCUGUAUUGUACAGCGAUUGAUUCAAUAGAUAACAAGCUUGUUGGUUGUUGUAACGAGGUGGACACCAACGAUGUCGCUAUGCGGAGACCUAGCGCAAGAGUGCCUUUUAUAAUAUUGUGCAGAAUGCAUAGAGAAAGAUUGAUGAGGCACAAUUGCUGUCCUAGUUGUGGGUUAUUCUGUACACAGGGUAGGUUUGUUCAGUGCACGAACGGGCAUCAAUAUCACAGGGACUGCGAAGUUUAUCCUAAUAAAAAGGCACUGUGUCCUCACUGUGGCUGCGAAAGCUCUUCGUACGACGUAGCAAUUACUUUGCAGGCAAUGCGAAAACCUGUAUUUAUACCAACUCGUAGAAAGUUCUCAAAGUUACCAUCAGCCAAAAUGGGUUUCACGGGAAAAGGAGAUAAUACGAAGUUAGCAGAAAGACCUCCUAGCCCUCUUAUUCCACCAGAGGCUAUAAAAAUCGUGCAACCAACCUGCAAUACAGAUAGACCUGAACGUUACACUAUCAUGAGCUUGUAUACAGCGGUGAAAAAUGGGGAUUUGGAGAAAUUGGUCAACGUAUUGGCUUGUGGCUACAAUGCAAAUCAUGCGUUCCGGGAUUACGCUAAUCGUACAAGCUUACAUAUUGCAGCUGAUCGAGGCCACUUAGCUUGCGUUCACACUUUGAUCCAAGCAGGUGCGCAGUUGGAUGUUAUGAACAAAAAUCAGGUGACCCCUUUGAUGCUAGCUGCCAGUAAAGGCAGAGUAGACGUUGUGAAAUACCUAAUCAAAAUAGGAGCUGAUGUUACACUAAAAGGUGAAGAUGGUAUGACGGUUUUGCAUAUGGCGGCUAAGUCUGGGCAUUUGGAUGUGUGUCAGAUUAUUUUGUCGGAGUGUAAGGCGCCGAGAACUUUAGUAGACUCUGUGGAUGAUGGCGGCUGGACAAGUUUAAUUUGGGCUUGUGAAUUUUGUCACACGGACGUUGCCAGAUUUUUGUUAGAAAAAAAAUGCGAUCCUUUAAUAAGGGAUGCUGAACAAAAUAUAGCAUUACAUUGGAGUGCAUUCAGCGGAAGCUCAGAAAUCACAGAAUUACUCUUGAACCAAGGAUGCGAUGUCAAUGCUGUAAAUGUUCACGGAGAUACGCCACUACAUAUUGCUGCUAGACAAGACCAAUACGCUGUGAGCAUUUUGCUCCUGGCUCGUGGGGCUAAAGUUGGGGAAAUGAACACAGCUGGUGAGACAGCUGUAAAUUGCUGUGCAUCAGAAGGUGAUACUAUGUCUGCACUCAAAUUAAAUGCAAAAGUAAACGAAUUAACCGAGCACAUGUGGGAAACUACAGUUAAGAUUCUAUCGAAUGAUAUUUCUCGUGGUAAAGAGAACAAUCCCGUCCAGUGUGUGAACGGAUACGAUGCAGAAGAUAAACCUACUGACUUUUUGUACGUCACAGAAAAUUGCCUUACAAGCAGUAUAAAUGUUGAUCGCACAAUAACGUCGUUACAAUCGUGUCGUUGUGAGGAUAAUUGCAGUUCUGAAAAGUGCUUAUGUGGCAAUAUAAGCUUGAGAUGCUGGUACGAUGAAGAAGGAAAGCUUAUUCCUGAGUUUAACUAUGCUGAUCCUCCAAUGUUAUUCGAGUGUAAUCAGGCUUGCGAUUGUAAUCGUAUAACUUGUAACAAUCGGGUGGUACAGCACGGUCUUACUCAAAGAUUUCAGCUGUUCAGGACAAAGGGAAAAGGCUGGGGCCUCAGAACGCUACGAUAUAUUCUGAAAGGAACUUAUGUCUGUGAAUAUGUAGGAGAGAUAAUUUCUGACUCUGAGGCUGAUCAUCGUGAAGAUGACUCCUAUUUAUUUGAUCUAGAUAAUAGAGAUGGAGAAACAUAUUGCAUAGAUGCGAGGCGUUAUGGAAACUUAGCUCGUUUCAUCAAUCAUUCAUGUGCCCCCAAUCUCUUACCUGUCCGUGUAUUCGUCGAGCAUCAAGACCUUCAUUUUCCUAAAAUCGCAUUUUUUGCAAACCGAGAUAUUGAUGCUGAUGAAGAGCUUGGUUUUGAUUACGGAGAGAAGUUCUGGAUUAUUAAAUGCAAGUCAUUCACUUGCACCUGUGGUGCUGAAGCCUGCCGUUAUUCAGACACUACAAUUCAACUCACGUUGGAUAACUACAGAAGAAAGAUACAACAGGAAGAGCAACUUGCCGCACAAUUGUCUUAAUUCAAGAGAUUGGUAACCAAUCGCGUAAAACUCGGUAUUUGUUUCAUAUCGCGUAUUUUCCGAUAAAAAGAUGACAGAAAAGUUAAUCAACGAAAAAACCUUGAGAUGAAUGCAACUGCCAGUGGCAUAGUAGCUGUUGUAUUAAUUGUUGACAAACUACUAGUUUAUUCUCAUUUCAAAAUAUUGGAAUUAAAUUACCGGAUUGUUGAGUCUUGUCUUACCACGGAUGCUUUGUUUUAAGUGAAACUACUCCGUCGUUACUAACUUGACAUCAAUUCGAUGGGCUUAGGUGUUAAUAUAGUACAUAUUAAUCACGUUCAUAGCACUGAUGUAUUAUUAUUACUUUUACAGGAAUGAUUAUAUUUCAUCCACAUUGCCUCAAGUGUUAACGUCAUUUUGUUUUUAAGGUAGACGUGACCAAUAUAUACAUCACGUAACGGAAUCGAGCGUACGAGUACAAAAUUGUUAUGAAUUACGAGAGAAUGAAGGUGGCUAAAAUAUUACUCACGUUUUCACUUUUUCUUGUUUCGUGACGGCAAUUCUUUACCUAUGCAUACGCUUUAACUAUAUUUUCUAGGUAAUCGAAGUUGCCAAAUUUUUAAGGGCUGUUACGUCCACAGAUUAGUUGCAAUUUCUAUUGUUUAAUACCUUAUUCAAAUAACGUAGAUUGCAAUCAGUGAAAAAAAAGAAAUUGAUGGAAUUUUAUAGAACCUAAUUAUUGAAUAUGUUCCGUAAUUAUCUGUCCACAGUUUGGGUUAAUCUAGUAUCGUUUUGAAAAAUGAGACGAUAUGAACGUCUCUAGCAUUUACAUGCGUCGUGUGCCACUAUGCAUAGAUAAAAACGAACUCAAAUAGGAAAAUACAAUUGAUAGCGCAAGUAACAAAUAUGAUUCUUUGCGGCAAAAGAGUGAUGAUGUUUUCCAACGGUAGCUCUUCGACUAAUAUAAUCAAUUAUUCGUUGCAGGUAUCGUUUACGUAUCUCUUCAAAUACGAGCGCGAAUGAAUUCAUGAAGUUUCAAAUGCGUGAUAAAAUAUUCUAUUAUGAAGAAUUAGGUUUUUCUUAAAAUAUCAUUGAAUCGAAUCAUUGUUAAUAAAUAAUAUUCUAUGUAUGA